UUGAUGUGUUUGGCAAGACUGAUCUGCAUAAAUUGCUAAAAGAAAUAAAGAAAAUAACAGGAGAAAAACUUGAAGCCAAGGACAUACACAAAACACUAAAAAACCUGGGGAUAGAGCUCACAAAUAGGGAAAUCUGGGAUCUGUUGAAAAUGUUGCCAUUUGCUGAUGAUAAAAAGGUAGAGAAAAAUGAUUUGCUCGAUCACAUCAAGACUUUUCCUGGUGGGAAAUGUCAUGUCUCUAAACUGGAAACCAUCCUGGAAAACUUGGGUUAUAACCUGGAGAAUGAGGAAGUUGAGGACCUGAGGAACCACCUGCCAGAUGAUGAUGAAAAGGUUAAACCAAAUACUCUCAUGCAAAAUGUUGAGUCAUUCAAAGAUGACAAAAAGUACUAUCAAAAACGGUUGCUCCAGGAUUUAAAGACUUUCCAAGGAGGAAAUGUUUUAGAAAAUAAACUAGGAACCGCUUUGACAAACCUGAACUAUGAACUUGAAAAUAAAGAGUUAAAUGAUCUACGUAACUAUUUGGAAAUUGAUGAUAGUGGAAAAGUUCCUCUGAACUCCUUGAUGAACAUAGCAAGUUUAUUUUCUGGUAAUAAGAUUAAUGCCAAGGACACACAACUUUAUCUGGAAAAUAUAGGUAUUGAAUUAACAAAAAGCGAAAGUGAGAAGCUAUUGAACACACUGCCAUUGGAUGAAAAUCAAAUGGUAUAUAAAAACAGGUUGAUGGAUGGAGUGAAGAAAUACAGAGGAGGAAAGGUUAAUAUCAAUAAAAUAGAUGAUGCUCUUAAGAACAUGGGAUUCCCACUUGAUGAGGAAGACAUUGAGGAACUAUGCAGUCACCUGCCAAUUGAUGUUGAGAGGAAAGUUAAACUGGAUAGACUUCUAGAUGAAGUAGAAGAACUUCUAGGGGAGGAACUUGACCAUAAGGAUCUGGGAAAUCUUCUGAAAGACAUAGGGUUAAGAAACCAACUGAAGGAGAAUUCUGUGUUGAGGAAAAUUUUGCCACUUGAUGCUGCUGGAAAGCUGUACAAACAUAAGCUGCUGGAUGGCAUAAAGUCUCUCAAAGGAGUGGAUCUUAAUGUUGAUAAGCUGGACGCCUUCCUGGAAAAUAUGGGCUUUAAGAUUGAAGAAGAAGAACAUAGAGACCUGCUAAACAACUUGCCCCUGGAUGAUGAGGGGAAAGUAGAUGUGAGUGUGGUAAUGGAGGAAGGAAACUUUUUUACAGGUGAGAAAGUUGAUACUAGUAACCUGGAAAAUUUUCUGGAAAAUAUGGGGAUAGAUCUCACAGAAGAUAAAGGCAUGGAACUACUGAACAAUCUUCCAGUUGAUGCCCAAAGAAGGGUGUAUAUGAACAGGUUGAUGAAAGAAUUGCAGUCUCUUGAAGGGACAAAGGUAUCUUCAGAUAAAGUGGACAUUUGCCUUAAAAACAUGGGAAUUGAUCUCACAGAGGAAGAAAUCCAGGAACUAAAGGACCACCUACCAGUUUACGAUAAUGAGAAGAUUGAUUUAAAUGUGUUGAUGGAUAAAGUUAAAAAUAUUACAGGAGAGAAGAUUCACACUGAGGACCUGAAAAAUGUUCUUAAAAACAUGGGAAUAGAGAUCACAAAUAAGGAACACAAAAAGCUUAUUAAAACUCUGCCCGUUUCUGCUGAUAAAAAGGUGUUUAAGAAAGAAUUGCUGAAGGGUGUGAAGUCUUUCAAAGGAGGCAAGGUUAAUGUCAGUGACCUGAGUAAUGUUCUACAAAACACUGGAUUCAACCUUGAAGCAAAGGAAAUCCAGGACUUGCAAACCCACCUACCUACUGAAGAUGAAAAGGUUGACUUGGAUGUGUUGAUGGAUGCAGCAAACACUUUUACAGGAGACAAAGUAGAAGCCAGUGACUUUAAAACUGUGCUGGGAAACAUGGGACUUGAGCUCACUGAAAAAGAACAGUUUCUGCUGUCAAAAACUCUGCCAAUCUCUAGAGAUGGAAAGGUAUAUAAGAAAAGAUUACUGAAUAGUGUGAAACCUCUCAAAGGGAAAAAAAUAAGUGUCAAUAAACUGGACACUCUAAUGAAGAACAUGGGAAUUCAGCCUGAGAAAGAGGACUAUGAAAAUCUUCUGACCCAUCUGCCAGUUGAUGAGAAUCAAAUGGUUGAUUUGGCUGUGGCAAUGGAUGAUGCAAAAAAUUUCACUGGAGAGAAGGUUAAUGUCAGCGAUCUGGACAAUGUGAUGAGGAGAAUGGGGCUAGCACUCACUACUGAGGAGCAGGAGGAGCUGCUGGAAACGCUGCCAGUUCAUGCUGAUGGAAAAGUAUUUAAGAAUAGAUUGCUAAAAAGUGUGAAGGCCCUGAAAGCACCAAGGGUCAAAAUAAAAAAACUGGAAUCUUUUGUGGAAAACAUGGGAAUUAGACUCAAAGAUGAGGAACUUGAGGAACUAAUGACCCAACUGUCAGCUGAUGGUAAUAAUACAGUUGGUCUGAAUGAUUUGAUGGAUGCUAUCAGUUAUAUCAAGGGAGAGGUGAUUGAUAUCCCAGACUUAGACAACUUUCUAGCAAAUGAGGGGAUUGAGCUCAAUGAAGAAGAAAAGAAGAAACUGAUGCCUCAUUUGACAUUCAAUGAACAUGGGAAGGUUAAAGUUCAUUCAAUAAUGGAGGGCCUGAAGAAGAUUAAACGAAUGGGGUCUCUACAGAAACUGAUGAAAAUCACAGAUGAUACCAAAGACAGAGUUACUGGCCACAUGGCAGUUUCUGAAACUAAAGCAAAAUUUAAACUGAAUCCUUUAACAAAAGUACCCAGCUUCCAAAGUAGGAGGGAUAAAGAUUUACCAGGACUUCUGCCAUGUCAAUUACAGCACAAAGAAAGGAAGUUGAGCCCUUCACAAAUGCGAGCUUUCCAAGAUGCCUACAACUUCUUUAACAAGGAUAAAACUGGCUGUAUUGAUUUACAUGGAAUGAUGUGCACUUUAGCUAAGUUGGGGAUGAAUCUAAUGAAGCACGAUGUCUAUAAUGAAUUAAGAUGUGCUGAUAUUGAUCAGGAUGGGAAGGUGAACUUCUCAGACUUUUUAAAGGUGCUAACAGAUAAGAACCGCUUCCUUAAGGCUGUGGUUCCAGAAAAGGAGACCUGUUUAGAUUUAGUUGGCAACCCAGGAAUCCUGUUGUUUGAAAUCCUAUCAAAGCUUAUAGAGACUUCAGCCUUACCCAAAAAGGCAAUAUCGGAAAUAGUAAGCUAUUUCCGAAGAAAAUUCAGGGAAACCACCUCAGGAAUGGUGUGGAGCCCCGAUACUAUGGGUUAUGGAAAAAGGAGAUUUAAGCCAGACAUAUGCAUACCUCCAAGCUCAAGCACCGCUGCCUUCGCUAAUGCUGCUCGGAUUGCAAUAAUGAAAGAAAAGGAUUUAUUUAAAUUUCUUGAUGAGCUCAAAAAAUGCAAUCCUCCUUCAGAUAGCCCAUACUCAAAAAUACCCAUCUUUCCACUGUUUCCUAAUGUGGAUGGAGUGGUAAUGGGAAAGCCAUUCAAAGACAUACAGAAGUUAGAAAUGCUGAAGAGAAAAGAGCCUCUGAAUUUCUUUGAGAACUAUUUUUUCCAUAAAAAAGACUGGAAAACACAGGCAGCAAAUAUAAAACCUGUUGACCCUACCUCAGGCUACCCAAGUGAUAUCCUCACCAUUGAUCAAAUACUCAAGAAAAAGCAGAACUGGACAGUGGCUGAUGCAGCUGCUAUUAAACCACAUGUAAAGAGAGCUACAGACACCUAUAACUUGGGAAUUGCCCUUGAGCACCGGAAACAAAUGCUAAACCUCUGGCGGAAAAUUCGAGGAGAUUUGAUUGGAAUAGAGAGUAAAAACGAGUCCUUUUAUGACACCUUUUCUACUUAUACAUGGUCCUGGAAUGUCUGCCAAGAAUUACUUUCCCCGAAGGACCUAAAGUUAUACGAUGCCCACAUGAACAGAAAUGCCUUCCACAACUCUGUAUUCUCGUCCUCUCCAGAUAUCAGUGAAUGUGACACAGACACAGGAAGAAAAAGAAAACGGAAAGGCUUCAAGGGCUUUCGACAAUGAAAUUUCUACGUUUUCUGAACAGCUCAUCGCAAACUACUUUUUCAUAGAUAAUCAAAAUUAUUCUUGCUUUUGCCUAAUACAUCCUUAGCAGCUGGAAAUGUUGACAUCUUUUGAAUUCUGACCAGUAAAAAAGUUUUAAGUCAUA